AACACUUCCGUCACAAAAACAUGUACGCAAACCUUAAUCAAUGCUCGCGAAUAGCCUAACAUUAGGCACGAUACAUGUGCUUUUGUGUUGGUUUCAUUGGGUAUGGUACACCUUAUUAUCUCGGAGGGGGAAGGAAAACUUGUUAUCUCGAUCUUUUUGCUGAAAUUGUGCUUUAAAGUCUAUCUAAUCAUGUGUGCGUGAAUGUGUACCUUGCCAAAGUACCACCACGACAAAUACAAGUUACGAAAACGCUCGACGAGAUUUGGCCCUGCAGUGCGUUCAGACGCGUUUGGCAUGUGUUUAGUUGCAGCAUUAUCAAUGUGGCUGUCGCAACGCUUAUCAGCAUCCAACGUGGACAUAGGGGUAGUAUAGAAACUUUGAACUGAGUGGUGUUUGAUUCAUCUGAAGAAUAAAAGUGAAAAAGAAAAACGCCUGAUAUCUUAAAAAACGUUGGGCGGUCAACGGCUAGGUGUAGUUAUAAAAGCAGAUCCCUUCAAACGCACCUGCCAACCAAUCCGACCAAUCAGUUGCGGCUAAGUUACACGACGCAAAGCAUCUGUUGUGCGAAGUUUGUUUCAAUUGAGUGGUUUGAAAAGAUUAAAUAAAAAAAAAUGUCCGCUAAUCAAAAUACCGCCUUUCCGCGCUGCUUCUCUGGUGCACUUAAGGAGGUCGCCCGGGAACAAGGGUUUACGGAUGGUUUGUACCGCCUCGAAAGCGAAUCCGGCAGCAAAUUUGGGGAUGGUUUUGCUGGUGAUCUAGUGAAGGUGUUCAUUCGCGAAGGAGACCGAGAGCUGGUAGUUCUGUGCAAGCUGCUGCCGGAGAAUGAAACGCGCAAACAGCAGGGAAUUUCUCUGUUUGUUAGAGAAACGGAGGCGUACAUGAAAAUUCUGCCCUUGCUGACAAAGUUCCAAGAAGAAAAGGCUCUCGCGAAGCAUUUGCCCCGGUUUGACAAUGUGCCUCGGUGUUACUACGCCAAGACUACGCUCGAUAGCAUGGAGUCUGUGGUCAUCAUGGAGGAUUUGCGCUUGCAGGCGUACCGUAUGUGGGACAAGGCGAACCCUGUCGAUUUCGAGCAUGCCCGGCUACUCAUGGCCACCUUGGGUCGUCUUCAUGCACUUUCGUUUGCGAUGAAAGAUCAACAGCCGGAAGAGUUUGCGCAGUGCCGGGAGUUUACUGACCCAAUGACCAAAAUGCUUGCGCUCGACCCAAAGAAGACAUUCCCGAAGAUGGCGGCUAGUAUGUGCCGUAGAGCAAUCGAUACGCUCGAAAAAGAUGAUACAUACCGACGGGGAAAACUGGAGCUGCUGCAAGACCGAUGCGUGCAGGAGAUCGAAGCUUGCAUGGAUGCAAAUGCAGCCGAGCCGUACGCGGUAAUAGGCCACGGUGACUGUUGGUCCAACAAUGUGAUGUUCCAGUAUGCAGAAGAUAAUAAGACACCUUCCAAAAUUAAACUUAUUGACUGGCAGCUGUCCCGGUACGGUUCACCCGUGCUCGAUCUGGUCUACUUCAUCUUCAACUGUACCGACGAGGAGAUGCGUUCCCAUAGCUACCAACGGCUACUGAGCAUUUAUUACCAGAGCCUUAGCGAGCAUCUGCACAAUCUGGGAGGAGACGUUGAGCGACAGUAUCCACGCAUCGCUUUCCGAGAGCAGUUGAAAAAGUUUGGCCGGUACGGACUUCUUAUUGCGAUGUUGAUAUUGCCGAUGAUUUGUACGCCCAACGAUGAGCUACCCGAUACGAAUAAGGCAAUGGAAGGACUAGUGAAAGAAAAUCCCGAUGGAGAUGAUGAGGUUCAUUUCGAAUAUGGAACGACGGAAAAGGCCGCGAUUCGCUAUCAAAAGCGAAUGUCUGGAUGUAUUCGGGAUAUGGUUCGUUUUGGGUAUAUUUAAACUGUUGUGGAAUAAAGCGCAUCCAUUGCUGCUGGGAUGGUAUUAGAAGAAGGAUUGGGAUGGUACAGUGAUGCAAAUAAAAUUAUUGAAGCAAUUUUGAAUGUCCAUAUAGUUUGCCAUAUGCGAUCUGUAUCCACGCUUUUAAUAAAAUGGUAUAAGCCUAGAUAAAAAUCUUCCUCUAUAACGUUCUACAAUAGUCUAAAUCUCAAAAUUGUUUAUGAAAAAAGUGUGUCGCGAGACCAUUGAGAACCUUUUCCGCGUUUCCUACUCGAAUACGGCUUGAAAGAGUCGCUUAACGACUGCAAUCCGGCGUAAAAUCACCGGCAAAUGACAGAUCGUAUAAACCGCAAACCCGAGCUUUCUGUUAUACGUGGCGGUAACGGAUUUUGGUUACCGGGGUCGGGAACAGACUGCAGGUGAAAGUAACAAUAUGUAUGUCUCGCGAGCAACAAGAGUCUCCACGCAGUCUUCACAUCGUAAAGUGACUUGUGAAACCCUGUAAUAGACAAGAGUGUGUGAGUUUCAUAUCAAUUUGCAAACACAAUAAACAAUUUAAUGUUUUAGAGCGUCACCACCUUGAUGUUGUUUGCUGUUGUUCACAGUAAAAUAAUUUGACCACUCGGUCUCUGAAUGCCGUUGUUGUGGACUAAUGUCACUUUGUUCUGCUUAUCUCUUGCCAAAUUUGUCAACUAUCGUGCAGAUCUUCAAACCCGUUCCAUCGUGUAACAAACGGAACUUGUGUCAAGGAUGGCGUCCACGGUAAACGUUCCAGCGUACGUACAGCAACGACUCCUAAUUGUAGCAAAAGAGGAAGGAUUUGCCCCGGAGCAGUUCUCCGUCCAGUACGAGCUGGGCUCCAAAACGGGAGACGGAUACAUUGGACUUAUUGUGCGGGCUCGAUUCAUUAGCUCAGUGCAACCAACACUAACGGUAAUAUGCAAAUUCCCACCCGAAGAUCGACAGCAACGGGAGCGCUUCAAUGCAAUGCUGCUGUUCGAGCGGGAGCUUUUUAUCUACCAGCAUGUACUGCCAGCCUUCGAGGAGCUUCAGCUACAGCACGGUAUUGACCGGCAGGAUGAAACAUACUUUGGCAACUAUCCGAAGUGUUAUCACGCAUACUGCGAUAGCGACCGGGGAGAGGCUGUGCUGAUACUGGAAGACUUGUUGGCCCCUCAGCGACCACCGAUGAAGCUGCUCGAUCAGUACGUACCAGUUGAUUAUGAUCAUGUGCGUGUACUGAUGGAAGCUUUGGGCCGGUUCAAUGCGUGUUCCUUUGCGCUCAAGCACCAUCGACCGGAAAUGUUUGAGAAGCUUCGCCAGCUGAACGAUCUUUUGUCCGUCGUACUGGACACGGAACAAACGCGCCCUUUGACGCCACGCAACUGUCAGCUGGCAGCAUCGGCCUUUGAUGUGGACAAGGAACCAAGGCAUCAUCGUGAUUUGCUCGAUUUGUCCCACUCCAUGAGGCCUAGGACGGGAGCGCAUGUUCGAGGUGCUCGAGCCGAACCGUACGCUGCCCUGAAUCAUGGGGACUGUUGGACCAAUAACGUUAUGUUCGGUUACGACGCCAACGGUCAUGUGAAGGAUGUUUGUCUGUUCGAUUGGCAGAUGGCUCGCUACGGCUCACCCGUGCUGGAUUACACGCUGUUCAUUUUCCUUUGCGGAGAGCUCGAACUACGCCGUAGCAAAUUCGACAGUCUUGUAACAGCGUUUUACGAUGCUUUCUCUGCCACUUUACAGCGGAUGGGUGGCAGUGCAGAGAGUGACCUGCCACGGGAAGAGCUCGAACGGCAGUUGAAGCAAUUUGGGAAAUUGGCUCUCGUCAUGGGCACCUACGCGAUACCAAACGUUGCUCAACUACCUCAGGCAGUGUGUGAAAAUCCGACCAUACAUCAAGCAGAUAAACGUUUACAACAUUACUACGGCAUGAUGCGAGAACUGGUACAGGAUACCGAUGGUUUCGAUGCGAUAGUAUAAUAAAUCGACAGAAGGAAGGAUUAAUAAAGUUCUAUCACUUACCAGGCCGUA